CGCGCAGGGUGCCGGCCGAGGCGGGAGGCGGAGCUGCAGGGGCCCGGCCCGGCCACUCCGGCCUCCGGCCGCGGCGCCCCGGCCCCCUGCCCGCCCCCGCGGGGCCGCGCCUGGGCUCGGCGGGAGGUGGAUGCGGGGCCGGGGCUCCCCGCCCCCGCGCCGGCAUUGUGCUGCCGCUCGCACUCGGCAGGCGCGGCGGCACCGGGAACCCCGGGCGCCUGAGGCAGCCUCGCCGCCUCCGCCUCCUCCUCCUCCGGAGCUGGGCGCAUGAUGGCGGCAGCCGCCGUAGCGGCGGUGAGCAGCGCCGGGAGUGGCAGCAGCGAUACCUCCAGCACGGGCGAGGAGGAGAGGAUGAGGCGCCUCUUCCAGACCUGCGACGGCGACGGGGAUGGCUUCAUCAGCAGGAAUGACUUGCUGAUGGUGUGCCGCCAGCUGAAUAUGGAGUCGUCUGUCGCGGAGAUCAUGCACCAGCUGGGAGCAGAUGAAAAUGGAAAAAUUUCCUUCCAGGAUUUUAGUCAGUGCCGCAUGGAACUGGUACGAGAAAUCAGGAAGGAGGAAGUGGAGCUUUCUGUGAAAUCGGAUGACUCUUGUAAAAGGAGAAAGUUAAGGGAUAGGAUAGCUUCCUGGCCAACUAGCAGCAAUAACAGUUUAGAUUGACUGCACUUCUCCCUCACCAUCCCAUCAUCUCAUGCUCAUUGGCUUUUGGUUUCUCAGCAGAGCAAAUCUGUUUCGUAGCUCUGUUUAUUCUCCAUCUCAUCUCUUUUAGUGCUUCAGUCAUAUUUUGUCAUAGAGGUAUUUUGUUGUUAACAUUUCCUCUGUUUAUCCUUCCUUCAUAUAUAUUCUUGAAUUGCAAGACUAUUAACUCCGUAGUUUCUAUGCCCAUUUCUCCAUCACUGUCUGUACUGUAUCUUCAUCAUCCUUGGGCUCAAUUGCAUUUCCAGCCCAUGAAUCUCUUUCAGGAGCUGUAUCAGACAACAGUUAAGAACCAAGAUCAUGCCUAAUAUCUUUUUUUACUGGAUUAAGGAUGGUGUGUGUUCCCUAGCUCAUAAAAUUAUCUUCUGCCUCUGUUGCCUGUUUUUUUCAAUGCUGCCAGUGUUGUAUUUUCCUGCAAACCAGAAAACUCUUCUGCCCUCAGACUGCUGUACAAAGUUUCCCUGUUUGCUGACCAGAUUUCCAGCAACUUGGGUUUUAAAAUCUUCUUUCUUAGACAGACCAGCCUAAUAAUUAUGGUUUGUAAUAAUCAAGGCUAAAGACAGGUCCUAAGGCUAAAGACAGGUCCUAAGCUUUACCAGAGAAAGGUCUGCAUUAGUCUCAAAAUGUAUCCCGCAAAGAAAUCCUUAUUAAUUGCUGCCAAAAAAGUCAUACAUUAACAUUCAAAAUUGUUAAUGCAUACAAUUCAAUCCCUACUGUUUUCUUCUAUUUUCCAAUUCCUGUUAGUUGUACAAGAGUAAUUUAAUGCAUUUUUAAAGUUGGUGAGUGAAUUCAUAUUUCUUUUCAUAACUUUUUUUUCAAAAGUUAAGUCCAGAAGACCUUUGAAUUUCCUGCCUUGGUAUAUUUUGCUCUGUGCUGAUGAAGCCUGACUAUUUUACUGUACUGUGUUUUUAAACCUAUGGGGAAUUAAUGUUUUUUGUACUUGUCCUGCCUUGACUCUUGCAGAUUCUGUAAGACUUUUUAAUAAUUAGAGAACAUAUGGAGAUGCUCCCCCAUGUGAAUAAAAAACAGGGUGGUAGGAAAUAAUAAUAAUAAUGAGCCUUUAGAAUGCAACUGGUUUUUAUUUGGUUGUAAAAGAAAACCAUUGUGGCAGCACUGUUCAAGAUGUUCUACAGAUUUUUUUUUUUUUAAAGAGUCAAGGAAACACCACUGUAAUGUAUUUCUGUGAUAUAAACACUGCACAGAGUAUGAACAUAAUGAGAGCUGAGGAAUUAUACUUGCAGUCAAGCUUGAAUUAAAAUCUGCAUUUGCUUCCAUGCCUUUCCUGUCUUUGGGGGCUCACGUGUGUACUCACUAGUGAUCAAAGAGUUGACUGUGUUGUAUUGACUGUUUGCUAUUGCUUUCUAAACAUUGUUUAAGAUGGGAGACAUCAUCAAAUGUAUGAACUUGGUGGAUAUUCUUUUCUUGUGUAUCUUUUUUUUUUUUUUUUUUUCCCAGAAAAAGAACACUGUUUUUAAUAAACAUUAUUUUCAAAGAUAGUUUACAGGGCUUUUUUCAAGGCUAAUUUCUACGUAAUGUGUCAGCUGCUGAUAAUCCUUGAAAGCUCUUAUCAUCUAUCCAUGUGGGGUGCAUAAAUUACAAAAUUUCAAAAUUCAUUUGAGAGUCACUGAGUAGCGGGGGUCCUUGUGAUCUGGAGCAAAGGAAUCCAACCUCUGUCAUGGUGUGUAAUUGUGCAGAGAUUAGCAGUCAGACAGCAUUUUGUGCAGGCUUUUCUUGUGGCUGUUCACAAUUUCUUAACAAAGAAUGCAAAAAACAUAUGCAUAUAUAUAAAUAAAAGAUUAUCUUUGCUACCUAUAAUUUUUGCAUUUCAUUAUAAAGAAAAUAACUGGGAAAAAAGGUCCUAAGAAAAAUUACAUCUAAAUGACUACUGAACUUCAUCUCACCCAUCAUUUUUUAUCACGGACAAGGUUAUUCUAAUAGUUUUGCCCAACAAAUGUUUCCACUCCUGUGUUUCCAGGUGGGAAGCAGAAGUAGGGAAACUGGCUGACUAUUUUAGUCAAGGUACAAGACUCAGGUUUAUUAAUACCCAGUCAUACAUGUGCUCAGUAAGCCAAACCUGCAUCCCUAUCUAUGAUCUUGACAAUCAAAUGAGUGUAUAGAUUUAAAAGUUUAAUCUUUUAUUCAAUUGCAUGCAUAAAGACAUUUUUCAAGGUAUUAGAGUGAUGCUUUUUGCUGCUUGGAUAUCAGCAACUGAAAGCUAUUAUAAUGUAUUGUAGUUCUUACCCUACACUAUUACUGUCAAUGGGAGCUUUAACAAUAAUUUGCAAGUAAUAACCAGUAAUUUUUCUGUAAGUGAAAUGGAAUGUGAACUCUGUUAAUGUUCUUCUGACAUUGUUUAAAAUACAAUAAAAAUGAAUAAAUCA